AUGUGCAGGAAGGUGUUGCGCAAGGUGCCCAGCAGUGACAGAGAUGCAGCAGACGAGGCGCUGCGUGAGGUAGUUGAGCGUGUGAGCGAGCAGUUGAACCACCAGUUGGUGCGGCCGUCGAAGAGGAUCGACUAUGCCAACCUGGCCGACGCCACGAAACGGCUGGAGUCCGCCAUCACAGCCAACACGCUCCUCCUGGCACGGCUCACUGCCGAAGUCGAGAACAAGCAAAGUGACCUGAAAGAAGAGAAACAGAGGCUGGCACGGCUGCAGGAAGAAGCUGAGAAGAUCGAAAGGAAGCGAGCAAUACUCCAGAAGAAGAGAAAGUUGAACCCUACGGAAGACUUGUUCGGCGAGAAGCGAGAUUAUGUGCAUCCGCUGCUCGGGCCAGACUCGCAUCUCAUGGCCACUUCGGUGCAGCUCACCGAGGUGGCCAUUGACCCCGAACAGCUGGUCGAAACCGUCAACCAAGAGGGCGAGUCAAUGUCAACGCCAAAGGGAAAGGAGAAGGAGGGAGAAGACCAAGAUCUGCUGGAGGUCGAUGUCGUGCAGGGCCUCGUGGACGACUUGGCCGUGCUCGCGCAGAACAGGGCUCCGCUGCUGCCGCUGCUCGAGGACCUCACCGCCACACGCGACCGUCUCUGCGCCAUGCUCGCAGGCGCUGGCGCCAGCACCGGAGUCGAGCCCCUCCACUUUCUCACUCCACCACCGCCAUCUUCAUCAUCGUCUUCCGCCUCACCAUCGUGA